UCCCUGUCUGAGGCCGGGAGGCCUGGGUGGGAGUGCCUUCCAGCACAAUAGUUGGCUCUUUCACUGCCGGACCUGAGGAGUCCCUUCUGAUGGCCCUGCUCUCCUGCCCCCCAGGCCCUCCUCAGUCGGUCUGCCUGAGCUCAUUUCCUCUACUUCGUCCCCAAAAGGCUGGGCAGGAAGUGAACAAGAUGCUGGGGGGUGUGGGAAGUACAGGCAGGAUUUGGGGGUGGCUCUGGGCUCCCAGCAUGCAUUUUUCCUGUGCUGCCUCAGCCUGGGAGAGGGAGGCAUCCUUCCUUGUAGACUUAACUUCAGAGGGCAAGGAAUAGAUGACUCUGCCUUGGGGCAAGAAAAGGUUUUUGUUUUGUUUUGCUUUUUUUUUUUUCUUUUUUUCUUUUUUUCUUUCUUUCUUUCUUUUCUUUUUUUUUUUUUUUUUUUUUUGAGAAGUUGAAGAACACUUGUCUGUCCUUGUCUCACUCCACCCCUCAGCCACUGACUUGGUGAUAGGCCAUCCAGCCUUCUCUUUGUCCUCUCUUCCAAACUCAUGACUUCUCAGAAGAAUUGCUGGAUUUGCCCAGAGAGGAUCCAUUUUCUUGUCUGUUACUUCUGAAGUCUGUGUACCUCCAGCCCAGGAAUACAGAGGCAGAAGGAGUUAGCUGCUUCCCUGGACACACCUGCCAGGUGUCCCAGCCUCAGGGAGCGUGGGAAGAAAUGGCUGAAGACCCUAGGGUGGGAACCUGAGUGAAAGGGAGCAGGGGCUGCAUGAUCUGGGCAUUGGAGGUCUCGUGCUCAGGAAGGGCUUGUUGCCUGCCUUCUAUCUCCUGCCUAAACCAGAACCUACCUAGUCAGGAGGUGUGCACAGACUCCAGAGCACGCCUGUACCCCCACCCACAAACACACAUGCCCACGCUACCCCACCUCUCACAUCCGAACAUACUUAUGGCAGCUGCUAACUGGGCUGCUCCGUUUGUUGACUUCAGUUGGAUGUUUCAUUCCAUUUGGGACCGACCAGGUAUCUUGGCGUCUGUGGUGGAUAGGGAAGGGCAUGGGUAUGAGCCCCAGAACAGCGUGUCCUCACAGAACCCUCCCAUGUGCGUGCAUCAGCCCUUACUCCUACUUACUGGCAGGACUGGCUCAUCUUUGGGGCUCCCCUUUCAGAGCUGCCCAUCUUUCCUUCUCAUAGUAUGUCUGUCUCCCUUGCUAGAAAGGGAGGUAAGACUUGGGGAGCCACGCGGUUGAGGUAGUAAAGUUUUUAAGGUUAGUCUGGCCUUGGUUAUAGCCAUGUCUGAGUCUCAAGGGAAGUCGGCAAAGAGGGUUCCCUGUUUCCAGAUGAAGAAACAGGCGGAGAGAGCAGCAGUGAUUUGCCCAGGCCUUGGCCAGCACUCAGGACUGCAGUGUCAGAUAUAUGCUCACCAUAGGUCCCUCUGAGUUCUCACAGGUUAGGUAACGGACGGACGCUCAGGCCAUCAUCCAAGUUGCACUUGGCUCUCAGAAGGGACUGUGGUAUCUGCACUCGCCUGCCUGGGCUUCUUCAGGGAAGGGUAUGGAGACAGGGAAGACUGGAGGCGUUGCUGUUGAAGUAGCUCCACUUUGGAGGUGAAACGGUAGACUGCUCAGGCCCCUCCCUGUCCUCGCAGCUCUAGGCUGGACAGACUGGACUCACUCAGCCUGUUCCCAGGGUGCUGUGUGGGGUCUGCUUUUGAUGUUUUUAGGAAAUGUGGACACACAGGUGUCCCAGUGUAGGAGGGAAGACUGUGGUUAAAGGCAAGAGUACACUGCUCAUCCGUGCCCUCACUGUGGGCAAGUGCAGCCGUGUCCUUCCAUCCCUUGGACAGGUCUUAGCGCCUCUUCAAGGAAGCAGCUCCCUGCCCCUGGUCCUUUGACCUGCCUUGCUGAUGGCAGGAGGAACCCAGGCUACCCUGCCCUGGUGGGCCACCCAGCUUGUCCAAGACCCCAGCCUAGAAGGACUUGACUGGCCCUCAUAGUGCUACGGAAGAACAAAAUGAGUCUUGGUUGAGAACCUGUGUUUUAGCUGAGCUGUUUUUGCAGACUCGUGUUGAGAGCUGCCAUAGUUAGCAUCCUAUUUGGUAGGACAGUAAGGAAAUCUUGAUGGGAAACGACAUUCUUGGGGGAAUGUGGUCCCCCCACAUUCUACAAGGUCAUAGGUGUUUCCUUAUUAGUCUUGGGUGUGAGUUCUGCUCCUACUUCAAAGCCUGGACUUUGUAGAGCAAGGAAAAAGCCUCUGAGGGCCUGACACCAACUCACACGAUGGCACAUCACCCCUGAGCCCAGCUGCCUGGCCAAAGUGGUGUGCAUGCACGCAGUGUAGCAUGAGUGGGUGAGCACACUCGCUAUUACGGUGGAGGGGAAAGUUAGCAAGAGGCUCUCCUGAGCCUAAAGCAGAAGCAUGGGUAUCCCUGAAGAGUGGCCCUGACCCUUGGAUGGGGUGGGGCUUCCAUGUGUGCUAAUCUGGUGCUGACAUCUUUUGAGAGGAAUUUGAGAACAUUUGUGUGCCAGAGUAGGCCAGUCCUCCAUUUCCUCGGUUACAGGGAGAAAUCCGAACAUACCUAGGCUUUGGUGGCCUUGUCCCUUCUCCCAGAGGCCACUAGCAUACCUGGGAUUCAGUGGCUUUUGCAGGCAGUGCCAGGGUUGGAAUUUUUGCCUCUUUGGCUGACAUGGUCAUAUCAGUGUCACACACAAUCCCUUUGUUUAGUAAGAGCAGUAUGAGUUGUCGCUGUGUGUUGCCUAGCUGGUCCUUGUCGGAGUCUGCUCUCUGUCUAUUGAAGCCGAAGGUAGUGACAGAGGCCUGACUCCUUCCAGGGCUGCGAUUGAGGCUGGAGAGCAGGCAUGUGGGCUUCCAGUAGCCCUAUGAACUCUCAUCCUCCUGAGGUCUUUGAGGGCUCUGGGCUGAGACAGCAGCAGUUGUGAAGAGAAGUCGCUCUUCUCUCCCUGAUAUCUGUACGGGGGGGAGGCUGUGACCAUGCGGCGGGCCCUGAUUGCCAUGGAAUGGCCUGGCCAAGGUACUUUUUUGGAGGGAGACUGAAAGAGCCACUAGGAAGAUUGGGCUUCAGUGCUGGCUGCUGCCCAACCCCAGCUACUCUCUCUGAAAUGCCUGGGUGUGCAGCCUGUGAAGAUGCCUGGACUACACACAGCCAGGUACUGGAGGCUUUAAGGCCAGGAGGGAUUACAGUAUGUUACAGUGCCCAGUACAUGAUGCCUUACCUGGAUGUCCUGGCUAUCUGCCCCCUCUGUCAUUCCUCAGAUGCUACCUGAGUGGAAAAUGGGUCAGGUCCUCUGAGGGAGGGGCCGUCAGCCUGGAGCAGAAGGCUCAGAUUCCCACCUUGUGCCUUCGGAACCCAGUGGCGCCUAGAAGUCGUGGCAGUCUGGUCACCUCUCUACCAGGCUGGCUGGAGCAAACAGCCCCAGGGCUUUACUCACCUGCUGCCCUCCAGCAGAGCAGGGACCAGACAGCUGUGGUCCUCUAAGCUGUGCCUGAGCCACCAAGAGUGAACGGAAACUAGAAGCAUUGCCACCAGCAGCUGGAGCAGUGACCACACUGAAGUUCCUCUGGUGAGGGGAAAGGGGAGUAAGGAGAAAACAAAGGCCAUUGAGUGAGCCGGCCAGCCAGCAUACUCUCCCUGUGCCUACCCAAGAUGUGUCAGUCAGAGAAGCAGCCAGGACCAGAGCUCCAAGCAGCAGCAAAAUGGUUGUACUUUCCCCAGCUGGCCCUACGGCGGAGGCUAGGCCAGCUGAGCUGCAUGUCCAGACCUGCUCUGAAACUGCGCUCCUGGCCCCUGACCAUCCUCUACUACCUCCUGCCCUUCGGUGCCCUCAGGCCCCUCAGCCAGGUGGGAUGGAGGCCUAUGAGCAGGGUGUCCCUGUAUAAGUCUGUGCCAACACGUUUGCUGUCACGUGCCUGUGGUCGCCUCAACCAGGUAGAACUUCCUUCCUGGCUCCGGAGGCCAGUCUACAGCCUGUAUAUCUGGACCUUCGGGGUGAACAUGACGGAGGCUGCUGUGGAGGACCUGCAGCACUACCGAAACCUCAGCGAGUUCUUCCGGCGUAAGCUGAAGCCUCAGGCUCGGCCUGUCUGUGGCUUGCACAGUGUGAUCAGCCCAUCAGAUGGCAAGAUCCUCACCUUUGGGCAGGUGAAGAACUCUGAGGUGGAGCAAGUAAAGGGUGUGACCUACUCCUUGGAGUCAUUCCUGGGCCCCCGAGCCUGUACAGAGGACCUGCCCUUCCCUCCAGCCUCCUCCUGUGACUCCUUCAGAAACCAGCUGGUCACCCGGGAAGGGAAUGAGCUCUACCACUGUGUCAUCUACCUGGCCCCAGGAGACUACCACUGCUUUCACUCCCCCACUGACUGGACUGUCUCACAUCGGCGCCACUUCCCAGGUUCCCUGAUGUCAGUGAACCCUGGCAUGGCCCGGUGGAUCAAAGAGCUCUUCUGUCACAAUGAGCGUGUAGUCCUAACUGGAGACUGGAAACAUGGGUUCUUCUCAUUGACAGCAGUGGGAGCCACCAAUGUGGGCUCUAUCCGCAUCCACUUUGACCAAGACCUGCACACAAACAGCCCCAGUUACAGCAAGGGUUCCUACAAUGACUUGAGCUUUGUAACACAUGCCAACAAGGAGGGCAUUCCCAUGCGCAAGGGUGAGCCCCUUGGCGAGUUCAACUUGGGCUCCACCAUUGUACUCAUCUUUGAGGCACCUAAGGACUUCAACUUCAGGCUGAAGGCAGGGCAGAAGAUCCUCUUUGGGGAAGCACUGGGCUCCCUCUAGUCCUCUUGGUUGUGGCUGCCAAGGGAUCUUUCCACACAAGAGCAUGAGGGUCUUCAGUGGAGCCCCAGGCACUGCGGGACUGACCUUCUCGGACCUGAAUGAUGUGUCCCUGCCUGUCUAGAAGUGCAGAGGAGAGGUUCUGGGUCUGUCAGGACCUAGGCCCUUUACAGAGUGUGGGUAGGUGUGAUUGACCCCAGAAUCACUCUGAGGUGUGUUUUAAAAUUGUGUGGAAGCCAGAGGCUUCCCCCUCCUGAACUCCUGGCAGUGUAUUGUGAGAACGGUUAUGUACUGCCACACCCUCUAGCUACCCCACCUGUCUCAGGGCCUUCUGCUCACUCUGGCUUCUCUGCCUCCCCUCACUAUGCACAGGGUGAGGUGCCUCCUGGACACAGACUGUGGAUCCAGUGUCUUCCUAGAGCAAGCCACAUGGCCUUCAUAACUGCUUUCUGUUCCCAAAUUCCUCCUGUCUGCCUGCUGGAAAAGUAAAAGCAUUUAUGUAUUGCUAAAUGUGUAUAUCCUGGACUCUGCCAGUGUCUUCUGAGGACGGUGACUAAUGAUGUAGACCUUUGUAGACCUCAAGAAGCUGGCUGAAUCCUUUUGCUACCUGGUAGGCAAGACCAAUUACUGGCUUGCCUGGUAAAGUCUGGACAGGUGGAGGCCCAGCCCUGCAGAAGUAGGGCAUGCUGCUAUUGGUCUAGGGACUGUGUUGAAGGCAGAGGGUAUGGUGGUCAGUGCCUGGAAAACAGUUAUAUGGGCCAUGGGGAACCCAGUAGUACGGACAAGACCAGAGCUCAUGAUGAUCUUGGGAAUGCCAUGAAUUUCUCCACACAGGGAGAAAUCAUUUAACUUUUCAACUGUAUCAGUAAUACAGUAUUUUGUAUGAAAAAUAAGGAGACUUCUGAACAGUAAUUCAUUUAAUUGCAAGACAUUUUGAGAUUAAACAAAAAACUAUUGUA